CCGAAUCGGGCGCGAAGGUAUCACAUGGUUAAUACUAGCUUGUAAGAAAAAUGUUGGCUAUUGAAUAAGUUAUGCAGCACGUUGGAUUCGGUGACCAGUUGCAUUCUUCCAAAUCGCUUAUACUUGGUCUGCAAAUAUUGAAUUUCAACAGGCUUCUUUGUUUGAUGGGGUAUGAGUUCCCAGAAAGGUAAUGCACAGCGGACACGCCCCCAGAAAUAUAAGAAUACAAAAGUUUUUAAAAACAACUUGCAUGAUACUUCUAAGGAAAUCAAGCGCCUGAACAAUCUAACAUUCGAUUGUUUGUGUCCUAGAUGUUCGGAUGUCAUACAAUGGAGGGUUAAAUACAAAAAGUACCAUCAGUUAUCAAACCCAAGAGUCUGUGUGAAGUGUAACAGAAAGACUGUGAAGCAAGCCUACUAUACAGUCUGUGUGGAUUGUUCAUGUGCUUUGAAAAUCUGCUCCAAGUGUGGAAAAUCGGAUGAAUCAAUUAAUUUUGAUUCUACAGAGACACAGGAUCUCGACCAGCAAUUUACUGAUGCUUUAAAAACUGUUCGUGAGAGAGAACGACCGUUGGAGCUGACAUCUACUGUUUGUCACUGAGUUCCUGCUAAAAUUUUUAUCGUUGUGAAGCUUCCUGACCAGUUUUUAUAAACUGGAUAAUAAUAACUACGUGAUUUAUUACCUGCCAUAGAGUGGACUUUUUAAAUGACCGAAUUAAUGCCGAUCACUUUCCAGUUUAUCCUGUAUAGACUAUAACAACCAUAGUACUCAAGACUUAAUAUCGCUACUACUUUGACUUGGCUGAAGAAUUUUCGAAGUUGACCCAACUAAUACAUCAAAUAAGAUCAGAUCCACGAUUUUUAAAAUUUUAGGAUGAAUAAUAUUACUCCUACACAUGAUACUUGACAAAUAUAUCUCUCCUAUCUAAGCAUGUUACAGAUCAAAUUUGAUGACUGCUAAGAUGGUUAACCACCUCAUGACUUUUAUUGAUUAGUUACUGUGUUAAUAACAGAAUUAAAAGUAAUUUGCAUUUUUGAAAUAUAUACACCUUCUGUAGGCACCCUUCUACGUCUGACCCAGUCCAAUAAAAAUGUAGUUGAGUCCACCGAUACUAACGCCAACGAUGAAUGUCGUCCAGGCGAUCCGAAAGAAUUAAUUGUGGAGCAACUAUCAAGUGUCAAAUUCGAUGAAAGUCGAUAUGAAUCAGAUUAUUCAAAAUCCAGUUAGCGGAAUAACAUUGAUAUAUUAUAAAUGUCGCAAACAAAAAAACCUUUUAAAAACCAUCAUCUUAUUUGAUUGAUAUCAUGAGGAAACUCAAACUAUGUAACAAACAAUUUUUCUAAAUGAAAAACUCAACAUUUUGGUAUCAUUUUAGAA